AUGGCCACAGCAGCUUUUCUGAACUUAGCACCAUCUCACCGCCACUUCUCUUCAAGACCAGCAGCCACUUUCUUGUGGACAAACGCCAUCAACAUGCAUGUCACCAGACCAAAAUCUGCCAAGGGACGCACAAGGCCAAGCUUCAAUUACUCGCAGAGCGUGGAAGCCUGUCCUUGCCAAGUGCCACCUUCCCCGCCACCACCAGCUCCCCACAAAUUAGUGAAGAGCCAGAGAACGUCAUCCACAAAACCAGCAUUCCCAUCCAGCCAGGUGUCUCCUGAGGAAAUCCCGGAGCUCCUGCAGCAAGUGCCUCUGAGGACCUCCUCUUCCCUGAACAAGUACAGGGUGCUCCCCUCCAUCGGCUGGAAAGGUGUUGGGAGUGGCGCUGUGGAAGUGGUGGCUGAACAGACCAACCGGCUGAAAGUGAGCGAAGGGUGGGAGGACACUCCAAAAAUCAAAACCGGUUCUGGAGAACAAGGAUCUUCCAACAUAUUGUCAGAAAGCCAUGUCCCUGAGGAAAAGAGCUCGCACAUGCAAUGUCCUCCUGAGAAGCCGGGAAGGAAAAUGAGACAAGAGAGCCCUUCGGCGUCAACUUUAAGUUUGGAAGAGCCUCCGGAAGAAGUGUCGCAAUUGCUGCUCGCUAUUCGAUCUCCCUCCGGGCAGAGAUUUGAACAUCAUUUCAAGCCCACUGACAGUCUCCAGACAGUCCUUGCCAUGGCAGAGCAGAAAAUGUUGGCCAAAUAUAAAUGCUGCAGCAUCGAAACGAUGGAGGUGCCCCGAAGGAGUUUCUCUGACCUUACAAGGUCCCUCCACGAAUGUGGGAUUCUCCACAAGUCCGUGCUGUGCAUCCGACAGAAAGAGCAGCAUGAUGCAGAUCUUUAGGUGCACAGAGAUGCAGCCCCACCGCUCUGGGUUGUUCUGCUGAGAGGGGUGCAUUACUUCUUCCAAAAAACUGAAAUUCUGAUAUUUCCUGGAGUUCUGCAUUGUGCCUUCUUCCAGAAAUUCCCCUUGAAGCAGCCUUGUGUAUAUGUGUUGAAAUAGUAUUUCAGGUGUAUAUACCUGCUACAUAAAUAGCAUCUUUUUUCGUGUGUGCCAUCACAAAUUGCUUCCCAAGCGCCACCACCUUUUGGCCUUUUUGGUUUUUUUUGAAGUUGCCAAUGUUCUUCUUUGAGGACUGAAGUUUCCGAGACCUCUCCCCUUGUCUUUUUCCAUA